GCAUCUCUUCCAGAUACAUGUAUCCAAACUUGCAAUUGCAUGGAUCGCGUUGCAAAAGAUGCAACUUCGAAGUUGAAAAAAUUGCAGAAGGUGGGAGUUCAGGUUGUCAAUGCUGCCAAGGAGCAGGGCUAUUUCGAACCAAUUUGCACACAACGCCAUUUGUCGGUCAGGCACUACACCUUUGAUGUGUUCAAGUAUUGUGGAGACAUUGUCCACGUACUUGCGCUGGUACUUUGUCUUGCGGUCAUCCUCCGCGACAAUGGGACCGGAGGAAUAUCUUUCAAAACUCACAUCCUAUACUUCAUCGUGUUCACAGCACGCUUUUCCAAUGUCUUCUUUUGUGAUCAGUCAAUAUACCUUGUGAUCUACAAGGUGCUUCUUUGGAGUGCUACUCUCAAAAUUGUGCUGCUCCUGUACAUAUUUGGAGCAAGUGUUGAUGAGAAGGACACGCUGUCUCUAUCGGCGGCGCUGUUCAUGAUCAUUGUGAUGACACUUGUGUUUGGAGUGUACUCUCUGGAAGAUCAUGGCUUGUUUGUGGAGAUCCUUUGGAUUUUCUCCACUUAUUUAGAAAGUAUUUCAAUGCUACCUCAGUACAUCUAUUGCUACAGGGACGUGGACAACAAGUGCCCGCUGGUUUCCGCCUAUGUUUUUGCAAUGGGUGGCUAUCAGAUGGUGUUUGGAGUCAGUUGGGGCCAUCAUUUCCUCUUCAGACCAUAUGACCUUGAUGUGAGCAGUAUGAUAUCUGGCUUACUUGGUAUUGUCUUCUUUUGUGACUAUUUGACAUUCCGCUUGAUGGGAGCCUCUAUGCUGGUGCAAGUCUGCAUCUCCGUCGAUGACACCAUCAAGGAAGCUGAGGAGGCUGCAUGGAGCCUUGUGUCUGGCCAGGUUCCAGGCAGGCCUCAGGAGUCAGUGAAUCCAGAAGUGAUUGGCCACAGCCACAGUGACGAGAUUGAAAUGGCAACAGCACUUGUCGAGUUCCGGAAUCGCACGGUGUAAAAAGAAAUGCACCCCAUUGCAAGUCUUCAUUUUUGACUACACUUGCCGUUAAAUUUGUUUCCAAAUGGACUGUUUCUCUUCAGUGGUU